ACCCACACAGGGGAGAGACCUUUUCAAUGCUCAGAGUGUGGGAAGAGGUUCAGUCAGAGUGGCCAACUUAAGUGUCAUCAGAGAACCCACACACGGGAGAGACCUUUUGAAUGCUCAGAGUGUGGGAAGAGGUUUAGUCAGAGUGUCCAUCUUCAAAGUCAUCAGAGAACCCACACAGGGGAGAAACCUUUUGAAUGCACAGAGUGUGGAAGGAGAUUCAGUGAGAGAGGGAAUCUUCACAAACAUCAGAGAAUCCACAAAGGAGACAGACCUUUUGACUGUUUAGAGAGUGAAAAGAGAUACAGUCAGAGCGGCAAUCUUCAAAAACAUCAUAGAACCCACACAGGGGAGAAACCUUUUGAAUGCUCAGAGUGUGGAAAGAGAUUCAGGGACAGUGGCCAUCUUCAAAGUCAUCAGAGAACCCACACAGGGGAGAGACCUUUUCAAUGCUCAGAGUGUGGGAAGAGGUUCAGUCAGAGUGGCAAUUUUCAAAUUCACCAGAGAACCCACACAGGGAAGAGACCUUUUGAAUGCUCCGAGUGUGGAAAGAGAUUCAGUCAGAGUGGCCAUCUUAAGUGUCAUCAGAGAACCCACACACGGGAGAGACCUUUUGAAUGCUCAGAGUGUGGGAAGAGGUUCAGUCAGAGUGUCCAUCUUCAAAGUCAUCAGAGAACUCACACGGGGGAGAGACCUCAUGAAUGCUCAGAGUGUGGAAAGAGGUUCAGUCAGAGUGUCCAUCUUCAAAGUCAUCAGAGAACCCACACAGGGCAGAAACCUUUUGAAUGCUCAGAGUGCGGAAAGAGAUUCAUUGACAAGGGCAGUCUUCAAAGUCAUCAGAGAACCCACACAGGGCAGAGACCUUUUGAAUGUUUAGAGUGUGGAAAGAGAUUCAGAUGGAGUGGCCAUCUUCAAAUUCAUCAGAGAACACAUACCGGAGAGAGACCAUUUGAAUGCUCAGAGUGUGGAAAGAGAUUCAGGGACAGUGGCCAUCUUCAAAGUCAUCAGAGAACCCACACAGGGGAGAGACCUUUUGAAUGCUCAGAGUGUGGAAAGAGAUUCAGUCAGAGUAGCAAUCUUCAAAGCCAUCAGAGAACCCACACAGGGGAGAGACCUUUUGAAUGCUCAGAGUGUGGAAAGAGAUUCAGUCGGAGUGACCAUCUUCACAGUCAUCAGAGAACCCACACAGGGGAGAGACCUUUUGAAUGCUCAGAGUGUGGAAAGAGAUUCAAUGUCGGUGACAGUCUUCACAGGCAUCAGAGAACCCACACAGGGGAGAGACAUUGUGAAUGCUCAGAGUGUGGAAAGAGAUUCAGUGACAGUGGCAGUCUUCAUAGGCAUCAGAGAACCCACACAGGGGAGAGACCUUUUGAAUGCUCAGAGUGUGGAAAGAGAUUCAGUCAGAGUGGCCAUCUUCAAAGUCAUCAGAGAACCCACAAGGGAGAGACAUUUUGAAUGCUCAGAGUGUGGAA